AUGGCCUCAGAUCAGGAUGAAGAGGUCCCCCUGGAUGAAGACGAAAGUAACGGUAAAAGUGCUCGGCGACGUGAACAGGUCAGACGAGCGCAAAGAACACACCGAGAUCGCAAGGCUACCUAUGUCAAAACCCUAGAAUCGGAAGUGGCCAAAUUACGUGCGAAGGACUCGGCUCACGAGACAGAGGUGCUAGCCCUCCGCGGACUAAUUCGGGGUUUGAAGGAUCUGAUCAAGCAAUACAAAAUCAUCCUGCCGCCUGAUCUGGCAUCAGAUCCUCUCCUCUCGAGUCCCGAAGCCACGGUGGAAAUUUUCACCCUGGCGGAUCAGUCUCAGAGUAUCCGGGCGUAUUUUCCGGAGGACUACAUUCCCAAUCCCUCGACCUUUAUAUCACCUCCCACCACCAGCACCGAUACCACUUUUUCAUCCAUGCUGAAUCCUUCUACCUCAACUUCCUCCAGCGACCUCCUUCUCACUGGUCUCACCAUCUCAGACGCACCCAGUUUCACCCCCAGCCACGGUCAAAGUUCCCAAUCCGGACUCAACGUCAGCAUGCCGGUAUACCACCCCCACGGCCUAGGGUCUACACAAGUCGGCGUCGAGUUUGUGCUGGCCCUCGAACAGCCCUGUCUCAGGCAUCAUUACUCUCAUUGCAUCGACGCCGAGGGCAGUGGACAUGAGAUGAUGUUGAUGAGUCCCAUCAUGUCGCGCUCGCCGGCGCUCAAUGCAUCGCUGGACCCCCGAUCCGGGCUACCCAGCGGCUCCAAGUGGACGGUACCGGCGGUCGAGUUGGAGAAGCUGUUGGAGUUCUCGGACCGCCUGAGUCUGGACGGCGAGAUCACCCCCGUCGAGGUCUGGCAACGCAUCCGCCAACACCCCAACUUCAGCCUUCUCACUCGAGAGGGUUUGACUGCUCUUCAGAAUACGCUCGUGCCUCAGAUCAGGUGUUUCGGGUAUGUGCCCUCUGGAGGUAAUUCUUAA